AUGUCAUUUCUUCAGAAACUCAAAGAAGCAGAUGCAACUCUUAAUCCAGAUACCGUAACAACAGAUUAUGAAGUGGCAACAAUCAAUGCGCUGCAAGAAGUUUUUCCUGACACCCAUGUACAUGGCUGUUUGUACCAUUUAUCCCAGUGUGUGUACCGCAGAGUUCAGGCAAAUGGACUACAAGAAAGUUACACAACAGAUAAUGAGCUGUCUUUACAGAUUAGGAUGAUUCCUGCAUUGGCAUUUGUGCCAGUUGCCGGUGUACCUGCCACAUUUGAACUUAUACAAGAAGAUCUCCCAGAGGAACUGCAGCCAAUUCUUGAUUACUUUGAAGAUACAUUUAUUGGUCGAGCUAGACGCCGUGGUAGGAGAGAACCAAGAUUUCAACAUUCCAUGUGGAACUGCCAUGGAGCAUAUCACCCAAACAUCUGGGUGUUCCUUGAUGUUUUAAAGAAGGAGCAGUCCCAGACAGAAGUAGCCAUGACACAGGCACUGGCCGGCGAAGAUGGACCACCACAACGCCGCCAGUACAGGGAUGUCACCAAACGACUAGAGAAUCUCGUCAAUGAUUAUGACAACAGAGGUGUGUUGCUUUUCUUACGUGGAAUUGCCCACAAUCUGCAGAUGUAA